GAGCAGUGCAGAGGUCCAAGUUCAAACCUGCAAUAAACGACCCUUGCUGAUUGGCUUUGACUCACGUCUCUGGUGGUCUUUUAAGGUCGGGAGCCCGGUCUUUUUCCAAGUCAACGUGAAGCCUGGGACCCGCCAGGAUCUCCGGCACAGGCGGCGGGAAAAGCAGGGCGGCCCCCUCCCACCCUGCAGCGCCUUCCUUGCGGUCUGCCCCUUCCCACCAGCGCGCGCCUCCCCGCCGUGCACCGGGAGCUGCGGUGAGAGAUGCCGGCGAGCAAGGAGGUCCCCCAGCCCCGCAAUAUUAGCAGCUCUGCGUACACGGAUCUCUUGCACAACGCCUGGGAUCGGGGCGCUGCAGGCGCGGCCCGGAAGGACCAAGUCCAGAGCCUCGCGCCCCAGUCCUGCCACCGUUGCUAUCCUGGAUUUUUGUCCGUGCCAUCCUGCUGCCACCGCGAUGGGCCUGGAGCUCUACCUGGACCUGCUGUCCCAACCCUGCCGUGCCGUCUACAUUUUCGCCAAGAAGAACGGCAUCCCCUUCAAGCUGUGUACCACGGAGAUAUUCAAAGGGCAGCUCCAGACCAAGGAGUUCUUCCAGAUUAAUAUCCUGCGGAAGAUACCCGUCCUCAAAGAUGGUGACUUCAUCUUGACUGAAAGCUCCGCCAUCUUGAUUUACCUGAGCUCUAAGUACCAGACGGCAGACCACUGGUACCCCUCCGACCUUCAGGCCCGCGCUCGCGUCCACGAGUAUCUGGGCUGGCAUGCUGACUGCAUCCGCGGCACCUUCGGUGUACCCUUGUGGACCCAGGUGAUAGCACCACUCACUGGGGCCCACGUGCCGGAGGAGAAGGUGGAACGGAACAAGAUGGCCAUGGACCGGGCGCUGCAGCAGCUGGAGGACAAGUUCUUGGAGGACAAGGCCUUCCUCAUGGGCCAGCAGAUGUCGCUGGCUGACCUUAUGGCCUUCGAGGAGCUGAUGCAGCCUGUGGCUGUUGGCUAUGACCUCUUUGAGGGAAGGCCGAAACUGGCAGCAUGGCGUGAGCGAGUGGAGGCUUUCCUGGGUUCUGAUCUGUUCCAAGAGACCCACGGUCCAAUCCUGAACAUCCUGGAGCAGGCGGUCAACAAAAAAUUCCCGAAGCCUUCCCCAGAAGUCUAUCCGAAUAUUCUGCUUCGUAUUUCCAGGAUUCCCUGAGGAGUCUGGAAGGGGGAACUGAUGGUUGGAGGCCAGGAGAUUAGGCAGAAAGAGUCAUUCUUAGUUUCUUACUAGUCCUUUUUCAUCCCUCUGUUCUGUCUUACCUCAGUCUCUUGUUUCUGACUCCUGGAAGAACUCUACCACAGGUAGGAUGCCUGAUGUCCUGGGCAGUGCUGCUUCUCAGGUAUAGCACAUAUAAUCAACAGAAGACUAAAAUCCACCAUAUAGAAAGAGCUCUAGAAAUCCAAUAGCAUGAGGAAGAACAAAUCAACUUAAAAUCAGCAAAUGUCAUUGGUCUUUUAAGUAUAAUGAAGACUUGGGGAGACACCUGAGUGGCUCACUCAAUUAAGUGUCUGCCUUUGGCUCAGGUCAUGAUCCCAGGGUCCUAGAAUCGAGUCCCACAUCAGGCUCCUUGCUUGGCAGGGAGCCUGCUUCUCCCUCUGCCUUCCACUCUCCCUGCUUGUGUGCUCUCUCUCCCUGACAAAUAGAUAAAUAAAA